CAGAAAUGUUGCAGUCUUGCAAGUAUUGUAUGAGUAAAGACUAAUUCAUUGGUUACGGCCAAAUUACAUUAUAGCCUACUGAAUGUCCAAUUCCAGGACAGGAUAACCAGGAAGAAAGGAGAUAGACAUCGCGUGGUCUGCGAUUGCGACAGACCACUGAAUUCUGCAGCUGUGGGAAACAGGACCAACCGAAUCCAUCGUUAUUAUUUGUUGGCAGUGUUACACUUUACUGAGUGAUGUCUUUGAAUUACAUAUCGACGAAGAUCAGAACCCCCAAAUAAGGCUCUCAGGCACACUGAACCAGACUCCAGGCCACAGUACAGUAUGUGACGCUGAGAGUUGGAGCACAUCCCAGGCCUUAGAUGGAGGACCACCUGCCCCCAAGGCUGCUCGAGGCCUGUGUUAUUAUGGGUGCUACAACUGAUAAGCUAAAGGAGGCAUAUCAGAACCAUCAACAAGGAAACACAGCCGUGUCUCCGGUAUUGGAGGCUGAGGUUUUGCAGGUUCAUGUGCCCCCUUUUGCAUUAAAGGACAAAGCUGCAGAAUGUGUGGGGCCAGCAGCUUUCAGUAGGGUUCAACGCAGACGCUCCUUCAUCAAGAAAAUGGAGAGACCAGUGGUGGCGCCAGGUCAUUCUCCUGGUGGGGAGGAAACUACCCAAGACAUCAGCGUGCCAAAAGACAUUGACCUUGGAGGCCUGCCUCAACUCUGCUUUCCGGGAGGUCUGACUGUUUGGAGUGAGCCAAAAGAGCCCUGCUUUCAUUUCUUGGUUUUCACUGAUGUGUUUGGAAAUCAAACCCAUGGAGUUGUGCUGCAAUACUGUAGGCCAGUUCAGUUGUUUCAGGAUAGCACUCUUCAGCAGAAUGGAACUAAGGUUUCCCGACUCUACACCACCUAUGGUGUCUGUGUAAUAUCAAAGUACCCCUAUUACAAUGCCUUGAGGGAUUGUCUGUCAUGUCUACUGAGUCAGCUGAAAAAUUGUCGGAUAACGGAUGUAGAUCAACGUGUGAAAGAAUUCUCUGCCAAACUCGCUCUGGUGCCCAUUCCACCCCCUGGAGAUCUUCAUGUGGUGUUUAGCCUGAGCCCCCUGGUCAUUGUGCUUCCUUCCAGGGAAGACAAACACUACCCUGUGGUAGAUCUCGAUCUACACCUCCCUUUUCUAUGCUUUCAAACAAGGGAACUUUUGCAGAUCAUCACAGCCCUCCUGGCAGAGCGGCGGAUCGUGUUCUUCUCCAGCGACUGGGCACGGCUGACGGUGAUGGCGGAGUGCUUCAUGCUUUACAUCCACCCGCUGCACUGGCAGCACCCACUGGUGCCCACCCUCUCCCACCAGAUGCUGGACUUCGUCAUGGCACCCACCGCCUUUCUCAUGGGCUGCCACCUCAGCCACUUUGAGGAAGUGUCCGCGGAAACAGAUGACCUGAUUUUAGUCAACAUCGAUGACGGGACAGUGUCCUCGUCCAGUUCAGAACUCACUGACCUACCGGCUGUGCCCUUAGCCGCCACUGAGUGCUUCAGGACACGGAGGAGAGGCCUUCAGCUUCACUUUGACCUGGAGGUGAGCCAGCAGGGCACCAACACCACGCUGAACGAGCUGCGGGCACACAGGCGCACCUGGCAGCAGCGCCUCAACUGGGAGAUCCAGAACAUCACCCUGGAGCUCAUCGUCAACAUCUUCAGGGGUCUGGCUGAUCAUCUGAACUAUGAGCACAGAGUCUUUAAUAGUAAGGAAUUCCUCAAAUCCAGGGAGCCUUCUGACCAGCCCUUUUAUAAAGAGGUGUUGGAGAGCCAUAUUUUCCACUCCUUCUUGAAAGAUCGGUUGAAUCGCAAGAUGGAUGCCUACACUCGCAUGGAGCAGAGCUCUCGCUCUGAGGCUGAAAAAGUAAAAGUCAUGAUUGACACUCUUCGUCGGCCCACUAUGAAGGAGAUGGGGCGUAGGAGCAGCAACUAUGAGAACUGUGUGAACAAGAGGCUUGGCACCAGUCUGCCCAAUCUCAGGGAGGAGCAACACCUCAGCAUCCUCCGGCAGACGUCAGUGACCGAACCACCUUUGAAGAUCCGGCAAAAACAUGUCAAGCAGUUCAAGCUGCCAGAUUUCCACCCCCACUUGUCCUAUCAGUACGUGCAGGACUACUACGCUGACCUGGUGAGCCUUCUGGGCAAAGCCAUCUCCUUCACACCCCGUGAGAGCUCCUCCCUGCUGGCGCGCUACUACUACCUGCGCGGCGUGGUCAACACCAUGUGCGGCCGCAGGCUGGACGCGCUCAGCGACUUCCAGAACCUCAACCACACGGACGUGGAGAUCUUCCCCGCAGCACUGGUCAGGGCGCUGGUGGACUCGCUCCAGCAGGAGGAGCAGGCGCAGGUGGAGCGCCGGCCCGAGCUCAAGCGCCUGGUGUGCAGGGUGAGGAGCAGCGAGAGCGAGGAGACGGCUGUCCAGCCCACCGAUGACCACGUGAAGAAGUUUGAGAUGCCCAAGACCCACAUGCCACUGGAGGACUUUGUCACGCAUGUUCAGGAAUCGGGUAUUGUCAGAGAUGUGAGCACCAUCCAUCGCCUGUUUGAGGCACUCAGUGUGGGAGCGCGGAAAGAGGUGGACCCAGACACGUUUUGUGAUUUCUACACCUUCUGGAAGGGCAUGGAGGCUGAGGCGCAGGAUGUGAACCUGCCCACUGAGGUCAUUGAACAGCUGGACAACAACGAGUGUGUGUAUAAGCUCUCCUGCUCAGUGAAGACCAGUUAUGGCGUCGGCAAGAUUGCCAUGACCCAAAAGCGACUCUUCCUACUUACUGAUGGACGGAGAGGAUUUGUGGACAUCACUAAGUUCAGAGAUAUAGUGGAAGUAAAGAUCUCUUCAGCUCAGUUCGUGGUUUUGCGUAUCCCAUCACUGAGGAUCAAGAGCAGCCUGAAGAAAGAAACAUUUGAGGCCAAUCUGAAGUCGGAGUGUGAUCUGUGGAGCCUGAUGAUUAAAGAAAUGUGGGCUGGGCGAAAGAUGGCCGAUGACCACAAGGAUCCUCAGCACAUGCAACAGGCCCUUACAAAUGUCCUCCUCAUGGACACUGUGGUUGGCUGUCUUCAGCCACAGAAAGGCAUAUUAGCAGCUUCUAAACUGGCUUAUUAUGACCGGAUGAAACACGAGGUACCAAUGACCGUCCCAAAGACGACCUCUGAGACUCUGAAGCACAAGAUUAACCCCUCUCUCCACAUGCCCUCUCAGCAGACCGUGGAUGUGCUGCUCUACACUCCAGGCCAGCUGGGGAAGUCCGACGUGGAUGGAGACGGGAACCCCAAGUUGUGGUGUGCCCUCAGCCACGGGAGAGUGGUGCUGUUUGAUGCAGCCAGCUGGUCCAUGCAACAGAACUGCAUUCAAGUGGGAGUACUGCCAGUAAGCUGUAUGCUUGGGCUGGACCAGGAGCAAGUAUGGAUCGGCUCUCAGGAUUCCACCAUUUACAUCAUCAACACGCGCCGCAUGUCCUGUCACAAGCAGCUGACUGAACACCGCAGCGAGGUCACAGAUCUAGUCCUGGAGGAUACACAGGACACAUUCAGCCCAACAUUGGCCUACUCAUGCAGUCUUGAUGGUAUGGUUAUUGUCUGGGAUGUCUCUACCCUGAAGAUGAAAAGGCAGUUUCACCUGAGCUGUCACAAACUCACCUCUCUGCAGCUGUACAAUAGGACGCUGUGGUGCUGUGCCCAAGAUUGCAUCAUGGAACUGAGGAAGACUGGACUUGUGCAGCGUAAGAUCUGCUUGCUACAGGAUCCCACAAACCCUCCUUCUCCCUUCAACGGGUUCAUCGUCUAUUUAGAGAGGGAGCAGAUAUGGACCAGUUGUGCUAAUUCAUCUGAAUUAUGUGUGUGGCACUCUGACAAUCUGGAGAAGCCCUCACAGAGGAUAACUCUGCCUGACUGUGCUGGAGUCACCUGUAUGCUCAAGGUCAAGAACCAGAUCUGGGUUGGCUGUCGGAGCCUGAGCGAGAGCCCGGGUCAGGCGGUGGGGAAGAUCUUCGUGGUGGAUGUGGCCCAGGCUGUGGUGGAGAAGGAGCUGCUGGCUCACACCGACAGCGUCCAGGCACUCUGCUCGGCUGAGGACCGCUAUGUGCUGAGCGGCUCUGCCUGCCUGGACGGAAAGAUCGCCAUUUGGAAAGUAGAGUAAAGUCGAGGGCUCCCUCAAGUCAGCCAAUGCUCCUCUUUAGUGCACUUCCAGAGGACAAAUCUGGACAUGAUUUUUGGACAAAAACUGUUGUACUGAUGAGGGUCCAUCUGCAAGGGAAGCCCAUUGCCUCUGUUCUCAGCAGCCUAUCUGAAUGUCAGACUGCAUGACCAAAACUGAACUUUGGUAUCUGACUCUUGUUGCGGUAUCCUUCUCCAAAUGAUGAGGCCUUAAUGAUAUCUCAUCUACUACUGUAAUGUUCAAAUACUUUUUUCUCAAAUUAUAACAAUUACAACAAGCUUUAUUUUAUUUCACUUUCCGUAUUUAUGUUGUCUGUUGA